CAAAAGGUAGCAUCUCGACAACUCAUUUCCCUCAUUACCGAAGCCUCUUUAAAUAGUGUUUAACACUGGUUAGUUCAGUGGCGAACGAGAUUCACUUAAAAAGCGUUAUGACCGUAGUGAGAGUGAUUUGGUACAGCGUGUGAAGUUUUACGCCCGAUCCCAAAAGACAAGCGAAAGAGCUAUUGAUUUUGUAAGUUCAGUUAAGCAGUUGGCUGAAUAUUGUAAUUUCGGUACAUUUAAAGACAUAGCUAUUAGGGACAGGCUAGUUUGCGGUGUUUCUAAUAAACAGCUUCAGGAACAACUGUUUGGUGAAGAGGAACUAACUCUUGCGAAAGCGGAGAAGAUUAUUGUCAACCGCGAAUAGGUGGCUGAGAGAUUGACUUCGAUUAAUGGAGAAUCGAAUAGGUGUUUUGAAUUUGUCAUGACCAGUCAUGUUGGAAAACUUUUGCAACGGCAAUAUGGGAAAUAACAAGGGUGUAAAUUAACAAUCGAGGAAUGCAAAUAAAUACAAUCAAUACACUUUCCUGUGAAACCAAACUCUGCCAUAUGGUUGGGAUCAAAACUGUUUGAGGUGCAAACAGCGCUGUUCCCAGUUGGUAAAAGAGAGCUGCAAUAAACGGAUGCCACCAGAAAAAGCCAGUCAAACAUGUUUGGAAACACGUCCUGGAAUGAAACCUUUGCCGGGUUGUACAACGAGUCUGUCGACUACUAUCAUGGAAACGUGACAAACAUUGAAAAAAUUGUGUCCAUGAUGGUGCCGGUGUUCUUCGGAUUGAUAGGACUCGCCGGACUAAUAGGAAACGGGCUCGUCGUGUUAGUCGUUGCCGCUAAUCCCAAUAUGCGAUCAACCACAAAUCUACUCAUUAUAAAUUUGGCGGCUGCGGAUCUGUUGUUUGUGAUAUUUUGUGUUCCUUUUACUGCGACUGAUUACAUACUACCAGAAUGGCCUUUCGGAUUGAUGUGGUGCAAAUUUGUACAAUAUAUGAUAGUGGUCACGGCCCAUGCCAGUGCGUAUACCCUAGUUCUUAUGUCUCUGGAUCGGUUUCUUGCUGUGGUCCAUCCCAUCACCAGUAUGUCAAUUCGAACUGAGAAGAACGCUGUGAUAGCAAUAACCGUGGCAUGGUUCAUCAUUGUGACCACAGCAAUUCCGGUGGCCAUAUCGCACGGAGUGCUGCACUAUCCCAGCAGAGGAGGCGAUUAUACCGCUUGUCUCUUCCUUCACACCGAAGGAUACAGUUUGAUUGCAUUUCAUGUAUCGUUUUUCCUAUCAUCGUACGUCGUUCCGCUGACGCUGAUAUCAAUGUUAUACGUCGGGAUGCUCGCACGGUUAUGGAAAGGUGCACCAGGCGGCCGAGUUUCCGCUGAAUCAAGGAGAGGUAAAAAGCGAGUUACUCGCAUGGUAGUAGUAGUGGUGUUGGCGUUUGCAAUAUGCUGGUGUCCUAUUCAGGUCAUUCUGGUGCUAAAGUCGUUCAACGUGUACGAAGUAACACACGCCAGCAUCAUCAUUCAAAUCGUGGCGCACGUUCUGGCGUACACCAACUCCUGCAUAAAUCCGGUGCUCUACGCUUUCCUGUCGGACAAUUUCCGAAAAGCUUUCCGCAAGGUGGUAUGGUGUGGAAAGCCUCCCUCACUUAUGCCGCAGGGCGGACCUCAAACGAAAACAACCCGCACCGGCAAUGGGACAUCCAAUGCGGAUGUUUUGUGAGUGGAAGUCGCCGCCGGUGGCGAUGGAGUAGGAGGAGGAGAAGGAGGAGGUGGCGCAGGUGAUAGCAAACUCGUUGAAAAGUACAUCGAAAUUACUAGUGUGUAAGGUAACCACCUGCCGGCUUGGUGCAUUGUAAAUAACUAGAGCAUAAAUCAUCUCAGCCAUAGAUUAGAUACACAGCGGCCAAAAGUAGUUUUGCUCAUAAGAGAACGAAAAUGAUCCAUGAAAUUGAAUGGCACGAUCCUUUAGGUACAUUCUUACUAUCCAAACAUUGCUGAUAUGAUAUUUAAAAACAACAUGUUGAACACAUGUUCUACAAGAUCGUUGUCAAAUCUUUAGCGACUGAUGAUAUCGAACACAAAUUAUGUUAAGCAGUUACGUAACGAAAUUGACAAUUUUCAACCCUCCUCCUCCCAUGUGUUACACUUUUUGUAUGAAUUAUCUAAAAAAAAUAUAUUGAUCUUAAAAUCUUUCAACUCCCCAUCCCCUGUAAUCAUUACGUAAUUUAUGUACCCUCCCAAAAGUGGUUUAUUUUCAAAAGGAAAUUGACAGUUGAACUCUUCUCAGCAUAGCUUAGGUUGAUCCAGACUUAGACAAGCUUAGUUACUACUGCGUGAUUUGCAUGAAUAAAAAACACUGAAUCAAAUUGGUAGAAGCUGUGGUAUUAGUCCUUCCAAUUCCCAAUGAACAAUGU